UUUCACAACCGUAGCUUUAAGUCGCAGUUGAAUGUUUCACUUCACCAAACAUGAGAUCAAUACUGAGUGUACUAGUCAUUUUUGUGGCUACGACUGUCUCCGUAGAAGUCCAUCGCUGUGGCGAGGGCUUCCCACAUCCACUUCAGGUCACCAUCCCGGGUUGUAACGUGAUGCCAUGUGAGGUUCCGAACCUGACGGACAUCUCGUUUGGAGUUCGGUUCGCUCCACCCUUCCCAACCAGCAUGCUGGCUGUGAACGUGACGGCUACGCUCGGUGAGUUCAACCUACCAUACGAAACACCGGAACAUCUGCGCGAUGGUUGUGCCAACAUUGAUGCCAGCUGUCCCCUAGCUAGCGGUCAGCAGGUUAUUCUGACGGGAACGGCCCCGGUUGAGGCACCGCUAACCCGAGUUACCGUGCGGAUGCGAUUCGAGAUUGGUGGUGAUGGUGGACAGAGUGCCGUCUGCUUUGCGGCCGACGUGAGGUUGAUCUAGGAUCAGCGAGGUUCCUGGGCGAAAAUAAAGAAUGACAUUUCGGUCGUUGUUUUGGUUUACA